AUGCAAGAGUUCGCUCAGGAGCUCGGCCCCAUGCUCGGCGCCUUCCCCUCCGCCUCCCUCGGUUCUUCCUCCCCCGGGUCAACCCUGCCGCUGCUGCGAGAUGCAGAGCUGGUGGUGCAGGAGUGCAUGGAUCGCGUACUGCUGAGCAGCCAGUGGGGGAGGAAAAUUGCUGGUUUGGAGCCUUCUUUUACAGUCAUUGUCGACUCGUUCGAGAGGAGGGUGGAGGAGGCAGAGGCGGUGGUGGAUGCGAAAAUCAAGGCGUUUGUCAGCUCCGCCAUCACCAGCCUCUUCCUCACAUCAAGACCUCUUCUUCCCCUCCACUUAUCGUCCCCCUGCCCUUGUCCCGUCAUUGGCAGGGUGGAGGAGGCAGAGGCAGUGGUGGAUGCGGAGAUCAAGGCGUUUGUCAGCUCUGCCAUCACCAUAAGCCCGCACUCCUUGCAACAAGAGCAGGUGCAGCAGAACUGGCAGCAGCCACUGCAGCAGCAGCAGCUGCCACAGCAGCAGCAGCAGCAGCAGCAGCAACAGGAGAAGGAUGAGAAGGGCUUGUCAGAAACUGCUUCUGCUGCUCUCUCUAUGAGUGCCUCUCCCAGCGCUGCCAGCACCACACUCCCUGGUGAUACUGCCACACCUACAGCCCCUGAUACUAUCACAUCCAAAACCACUGAUACUCGCACAUCCAAAACUCCCAGUACUCUCACGUCCACACCCGCCGAUACUGUCACAUCUGCUCACAGCAGCACGGCCCUCGAUAAAGCAGCAUCCCCCCCAGCCUCUCCUGCUUCCGAAACAACGGUUACAGGCACACGCAGCACAGUCACAGCUGCUGGAGGCAAGGGGGAAAAGGCGAAGGGGAGGGGGAGUGGGAGCAAGGAGAGCAGCAAGGAAGGGCAUGCUCUGGAAGGUGCUCUACUGGCCGGACUUCUGCGAUUGAUGGGGGAGGAUGGUGCUGCUGACCUGCUGUAUAAGGCAAUGGGAAUUGGUCCCAAGAGUGCGAGUGGUGUUGGGGGAACGGAAGGUAGUGGUGGUGUGGGAAAGAGUGGGAGAGGGAGUGGAAAGCGGAGGAUGGGGGAGGAUGAGGCUGCUGAGCUGUUGGGUAAGGCUAUGGCCUUUCUCAACAGGGAUGGGGACAAUGCUGGGAGCAGGAGUGGGGGUGAUGUUGGUGGAAAGUCUGGGAGUGAUGUUGGUGGGGAGAUUGGGAGUGUUAGAGUGAAGCAUGGGGAUGAUAAGAGCGCUAACAGUGUGGAUGAUAAUGUGGGAAACGACAAGAGUGGGAAAACACAGUCAACAGGCAGUAAUGAUGGGGGCGAUGAGGGGUUGAGUGGUAUAUUUGGGAAGGAUAAGGCGUUGACUGGAAGUGGUACGGGAGCGGAUAGCAGUGGAGGGAUGAGCCCUGUUGAUAGCAGCAUCGAUAAAACCGGAACCAGCAGUGCUGGUUUUAAUGGCAGUGGCAGCAGCAUCAACAGCACAGUCACAGUUAGUUCCUCCAGGAAUGCAGAGCUGAGUAGGAAAGAGGGGAUUAAAGGAGUGGUCGAGAAAAAGCAGGAGGCGGCGAACGAGAUAGCAGCUGAGGAGAAGCAUCUUGCGCAGAGAGGUUUGGAUUCGACUGAUAAGUCAAUUGAUGAGGAUCCGGCACAGGAGAGCAUAAGGCAGGUGGUGAGUGCGAUACGGGGAAAGCUGGCUGCUGCUGUGGCUGAAGGGACACGUGGCAUGGCUGGAUUGGUGGAUUCUGCCAAGGAAGCGAGGCUGUUGAAGGAAAAGCUUCUGCAGAGACGGGAGCUGGUGUUGCAGCUGGGGUUGCUUCGGCAACAGAGCCUGGUCUUGCAGCUGGGGUUGCUUCAGCUGCAGCUGGUGCAACAGUGA